AAAACCGAUUAUGACACGAGCUUUUCAUUCUUCUGAAAUGCGCAGCAGAGAGCAAAUUGAUGGAAUUACUCAUUUUGGAAAAGGACAAAGUAAACCUUUUUAAUACUGGAUUUACUUUCAUGGUUGCAUUUUAGUUUCAACACUACACCUGAGGCUGUGGGUGAACAUUAUCUUAACUCCCAUCGCAGCCUUUUUCUAACGGUUUCUGAACUCGGGACGAGUGGUCUUUACGCACACUUUACGCACAUUUUGCGCCAUGGCGAACGCGUGUCUCCAACUGAGCGGCUUCCUCUUCAGCUGCCUCGGCUGGUUGGGCGUAAUCAUCGCGACCGCCACCAACGACUGGGUGAUCAUGUGUAAAUACGGGUUGAACACCUGUAAGAAGAUGGACGAGUUGGGAGCCAAGGGACCUUGGGCGGACUGCGUCAUCUCCACUGGGCUGUACCACUGCGUGUCCCUGACACAGAUCCUGGACCUGCCAGCCUACAUCCAGACGACUCGCGCCCUGAUGAUCUCAGCCUCCAUCCUGGGUCUCCCCGCAGUGGGAAUGCUCCUCAUGUCCAUGCCCUGCAUCAGUCUUGGCAACGAAGCGCAGAGCUCCAAGAACAAACGCACCAUCCUGGGAGGAGUGCUCAUACUCAUAGUUGCGCUGUGUGGAAUGGUAUCCACCGUGUGGUUUCCCAUCGGCGCCCACCACGAGCACGGCUUGAUGUCGUUCGGCUUCUCCCUCUACACCGGCUGGGUGGGCACCAUCUUCUCCCUGCUCGGCGGCUCCAUCCUCACCUGCUGCUCGUCCGACGUCUCCUCCUCCUCCUCCUCCUCCCCCCGCUCCUACCAGGACAACAACCGCUUCUACUACUCCAAGCAGGGAGGAGGCAACCAGCCGGCCGCCUCCGUCACCAACCACGCCAAGAGCGCCCACGUCUGAGCUGUGGGAGGCGCUCAAGUCCCCACAUGGGUUGUUUAGUAAGACUGUAAUUAGUUUGUAUAUAGAGACACGAGAGCGCGCAAACACACAUUCACAUCAGUUUCCUGCCCAACCGACAGUGGAGGAUUCACACUCUGUCAUGUCUGUGAGUGAGUGAGUGUUUUUAACCUGAGCCUGAUUGUACAGAUGUAUCUGAUGUUAGGGUGUUUGUGUGUGUGUGUGUGUGUGUACACGUCUCUGUGUUGUCAGUUGUCAGGAGCAGCAAACUUUCUAUCGUUGUGAGGACAUUUUGGCUGGUCCUCACCACUUUACCGGGCUUUCUGGAGGAUUAGGACGUGGUUUUAGGUGUUAGGAAAGGCAAGGUAAUGCAUAUGUGUGUGUUUGUGUGUGUGUGAAAGCAAAUUGUAGGGAUGGAGAGAGAGAGAAAAGAAAGAGUCAGAGGGCUGAGUGAAUCAAAAGCACUACUCACUCCGCUGUAACAUGAAAUACAGUUUUUUGUUCGUUUUUUUUACUAUUAGAGGAAUAUUGAUCAUUGUAAAUAUUGUCGGUGGAGGCAAAAGAACGAUCAACGUUCCGGUGCAGAGAAGUGAAACUAUAGAAGGUCGGAGGACGUCAGCUGACCUGAGGACAGAUAUGUUGCCACAUGCGUCCUCAAAACCACCUGUUUGAUUUUUUUAUGAUUAGAUCUGAGGAUACAUUCAGACUUAGGGCUCAUUGUCGGCGCGUGCUUUCCGGGUUAACUCAGGAUGGAUGUUAGUACCAGGUCUGGACAGGGUCUCCGUCAUGUUGAUUCAUGUGAAGUAAAAUACAAGGGAAAUUCGAAAAACGACUGCUUUAGUUGGAGCUCUGUCACCUGUGGCCUGGUAGACUGAGAUAUCGAUCAGCUAUAUUCCGUCUGUUUUUCUGUGGUGCAUCCAGAGAUGAAAUCUCACGAGUGCCUUUGUUGAUGAACAUAUUUUUAAAUCGCAUAAGAUCAUGGUCUAUUUUUUCACGGUUUGUUUUUAUGGCGACUUUUGUUGAACAACGCUCAAAUACAUUUGCCACAAAUCCUUCUGGCUACUGCUGGAUGACUGAAUGCUGGUAGAGUUGAGAAUAUACAGUUUUUAUAGUCUGAAGUUAAUAUUUUAGAAGUGCACUCGGUGUCAAAUAUACUGUUUUCUAUAAUUGUGUCAGCUUCAUAAUUGUCAUCUACUUGUUUGGAUAAAAGUGGAAACCACAAAAUGUAAAACUCAGUAUUAUGUAGAUUAGUGUGUCUUCAUGACUUGAAUUUUCCAAAUCAAAAAUAUGCUCUGAAUACACGUGGAACCUUAUAUUCCCAAGAUGGAGAAAAUCCCAUAUCUCCAAUUUACAAUUCCAUGGAAGGCAGUAUUAUCUGGUUAUUUAUUGUAUUUGUUUUUUUUGUUCGACAUGCUUCAGUUUCAUUUUCUACAAUAAAGAUUAAAAAAAGAAAAGAACCCAAA